AUGUCCAAGAGUCAGAUCCUAACUGAUAGACAACAAUCUGAGUUGAAUAAAGCGAUAGUACAAUACAUAGAACCUUACCUCACCGCUGAAAGUAAUGAUGGAGCUUUAAUCAAUCACAUUUCUAAUGUCUUGGAUGUAAACUAUGAAUCGAAAGAUAAUAACAUUAUUCCAAAUUACCUAGAAAAGAAAUGGUCUACAGUAUUACGAUUACAAAAAAAGAUUAUUGACUUAGAAAACGAAAUUACAAACCUUAAAACUGUACUUGAUAAUGAUCAAGUAUUGAAGAUCAAUGUUGGCAGUGGUAGAGAUAAAGUUAACUGGAUUCCAAGUGUGGUUGGAAAGACUAUUCUCACAAAGGCCCCUCAAUUGGUGCAAGCUGUCUCUUUACAUCCUUCAUUACCAAUAAUAGCAUGCGGUUGCGCAGAUGGCUCAUUGAUAAUAUGGUCAAUAACGAAUGAUGAGUCUGCCAUACCUGACAAGAUUUUAAAUGCUCACACUAGGAACGUCAAUCGGUUAGAAUGGUCACAUAAGCCUAUUAGUCUUAGUGCAAAGGAUUCUAGUAAACGAGAUUAUGUGCUAGCAUCGUGUUCUUCAGAUUUGUCUAUAAAAAUAUGGGAUGCAUCCACUUAUUUGAAUGUGAGAACGCUAACCGGGCAUGAGCAUACGGUAUCAUCAAUUGCAUUUUCAAGAACAAAACCGAACAUUUUAUAUUCAGUCUCACGAGAUAAGAUGGUAAAGAUAUGGGAUCUAAUAGAAGGUUUUUGCAUACGGAGUUUCAUUGGUCAUAGCGACUGGGUGCGAGAUUUGGACGUUGCAAGUAUUAACUCAUUGAUACUGUUGAAUACCAUGAAGAAAUCCAAUGAACUAGGUGACUUUUUGAUAACAUGCUCCAAUGAUCAAUCGAUAAGACUAUCACAUGCUGAAACAGGAACCGGUUUGGCUAUGUUAAUUGGCCAUUCGCAUGUUAUUGAACGAGUUAAAUUUCUUCCUUUGCAUUCCAAUUAUAUAAUAGAUAAAUACUUGGAAGAAAAUAUUAAGCUUUUUCCUACCAUUCCAGAGGAUCUUAUCACAAACACUAUCUAUGAAGAAGAUUUAGGGUAUAAGUAUUGUAUAUCGGCAGCAAGAGACAAUUUAAUAAAACUUUGGUUAUUGCCUCCGCCAGCACUUAGAGCUAAUAGAGCACCACUUCCCUCUGGAAUCAAUAAUUCACAAGGUUGGUUAAUUGCUGAUUUAGUUGGUCAUCAAUCUUGGGUUAAAGCUUUGGCUAUACAUCCUAACGGGAGGAUAAUAUUUAGUGCUGGUGAUGACAAAGUUAUCAAGGUAUGGGACUUGGAAUCAUUGAACUCGAAUGGAAGCGUGAGAUGCAUUUCAUCAUUAAGUGGUCAUGAUGGGUUCAUCAAUGACUUGGAUUUUGCAAAAUUUGACAUGGUGGAUCUCGAACCGCCUAAAUAUGACGAAGUACCAUUUAACAAAAAGAAGUAUUACGAAGAGCUCAUGAAGAUAAUUGAGAAGAAAAUGAAGUGUUUGCUUGUGAGUGGAGCAGUUGAUUGUACAGUAAAACUUUGGAAUUAG